UUCGCCAGUCGCUGCUGAACCAUUUCGUCUGCCCAGAAAUGCGGCGACAAAAGCCCAAGAAACCAAGGAAUGAGGCGGCCGGGAGAGCGCCCAAGUGCCAUGCCAAGUCGCUCACUGCCGUCGCAGCCGCCAUCCAUUCUCAUUCAUCGAUAACCUCUCCUCCAAAACCCAGAAGAACAGAGUCUCUUCUCGUCCAUGGGAUCGUGGUUUCUCAACCGCUUAAACGCUUGAUUACCAACACCGAUUAGUUGACCUUUCGCCGCCUCGAGAAAUCACAGACUCGUGUGAGACAUUCCAACAAGAUGCUACUGACUAGAACUAGUCUCGCGCCUUAUCCCCCGUUGCAGCAAACCACCAAUCACUUCACUCAGUUCAGAGAACCACAGUAUAGGCGCACGCCAUCGCGCCGGGUCGACCUCGCCAGCCGUGCCAACCAUGAUAGUUCAACCAGAGAACUUCCCCGUUGGAGCUAUGCAUCCACACCCUUAUUCCCACCUAUCUUGCUGUCGGUAUCCUUCCGGUUGACCAUCCAUCAGAACCAGCACGCACAUGUUCAUGUUGUUGCCCCCAUGGGUCCCCCAGUCGCCGCAACGUUGUCCCCCAAUCCCUAAUCCUGACUCGUGCUGCUCUAGCCAUGACCCUGCCCACUUUCUUAUCCUUCUCAUCCAAUCUUUGUUACCCAAAUUACGGUCUCAUCCUCCAUCUUCUCCCCAGAUAUUGGGGCAUACACCGCAGGAACGCGGAGUUCGAGAGGGGAAGAGAGCGAGCGUAUGGGGGAGGUGUGGUAAACCAGGCCCUGCCAACAUCGCACCUUGCCCUUCCCGCCACUUCGGUCGAAUGAUGUCCCAAAUUGCACCCACUCCUCCUGGACUCCUGGUCAUUCCUCGCCUGUCAAUUGUCUGGUCCAAGCUGUGAUCCGGCUCGCCGAACCACACAGGACCCGGUAAGCCGUCUCUAUAUCCACCCCGGGAUACCAGGAGCCUAGGGCCCGUGGGGGUUUGGUUCUGGCUUUGGUCUCGUCGUCUCUUUUCGCGGGGAACCGAGAUGUGGACCGGGGAAAUGGAGAAGUCCUGCCUGCUUCCCAACAAGAAAUCUUGGGGUAAAAGUGAGGAGAGAAUGAGGAUGAGAUUCCGGGGUUUGGCAGCCCAGAUUGAUACCACGUCCGGAAGGGGAAAAGGAAGGAAACUGAAGCACUACCUACGGUCCACGGCUCGCUUUUCCCUAACACCUUACCACCCACCCAUUACCACCCCUUCGGGGUGCUCCACCUGAGAUCUGCUCUUAUAUAGAACGAGGUAGCAUCCUCUUUCUUCCACCUCCUGCUCUUCUCCUGCAGGUUGCUCAGCUUCUUCCCUUCCUUUGCAGAGGUUAGACAAGACUCCGGACCCCAUAGCCCCCAUCAAGUCAAUAUCUGAGACCUUUGCUGCGUCUCUCGCACCUCGGGCCCUCACCACCACACCAUCAGGAACCUUCUCUCGCUCAGUCUCACCUAGACAAGAUGGCCUCUACCGAAGUCGCCGACCCGGAGCUCGUGCGCCCCAUGAGCGGAGGCGGCCCGGGCAAGAAGUCCUUCCACGAAGUCGAGCGCACAAUCUCCAACGAGAAGGCCGACCACCAACGCCUCGAGAACGUCGACAAUGAGCUGUCAAAGUACGUCGGCGACGGCUCCAUCACCGUCUCCAGAGAGCGCAGCGAUCAGCUGCGCAAGAUGAUUGAUAGGCGCGUCCUGGUCAUCAUGAUCGGCACCUACUUCCUCCAGGCCAUCGACAAGGGCACAAUGUCCUUCGCCUCCAUCAUGGGCCUCCAGGAGGACACCCACCUCAAGGGCCAAGAGUUCUCCUGGCUCACCACCUGUAUCUACAUUGCCAUCCUCUUCGUCGAGUACCCCCAGAACUACAUCAUCGCCCGUGUCCCCAUCGCAAAGUACCUCAGCUUCUCCAUCAUUGCCUGGGGCGCUGUCCUCGCCUGCCACGCCGCCUGCACCGACUUCAAGGGCCUCGUCAUCGUUCGUACCCUCCUCGGUAUCUUUGAGUCCGCCUGCCAGCCCGCUUUCGUCAUUCUCUCUUCCAUGUGGUACCGCCGCGAGGAGCAGGCGUCCCGUGUCACGUACUGGUACAUGAUGAACGGUGCCCAGCAGGUCGUCGGCGGUCUCCUUGCCUACUGCUUCACCCACAUCAAGACUGGUCCCCUCAAGUCCUGGCAAUGGCUGUUCCUGGCUUACGGUGUCAUCUCCGUCAUCUUUGGUCUCUUCGUCCUCCUUUGGAUGCCCGACUCGCCCAUGCGCGCCAAGUGCUACUCCGAGGAAGUCAAGCGGGAGAUGGUCGAGCGUGUCCGCGACAACCAGACUGGUAUCCAGAACAAGACCUUCAAGCGCGAGCAGGCCAUCGAGGCCCUCAAGGAUCCCCAGGUCUGGGGUUACUCUCUCAUCGCCCUGUGCACCACCCUGCCCACUUCCGGUCUCGGUGCCUUUGCCAAUAUCAUCAUCAAGAGCUUCGGCUUCAACACGCUCGAGGUCCAGCUCCUGGCCAUGGUUCUCGGUUUCUACAUCAUCUUUGUCCUUCUCGGCUCCGUCUGGCUUGUCAAGAAGUUCAACCAGAACCUCUACGUCAUGCUUGGCUUCUGUGUCCCUUCCGUCAUCGGCACUGUCCUCCUCAUGACCGUCCCCAACAACACCUUCUCCCAGCGCGUCGGCCUCCUCAUCUGCUACUACAUCACCCUCUCCUUCUGGUCAGCCCAGACCCUCGCCCUCUCCCUCAUCUCCCGAAAUGUCGCCGGCCAGACAAAGAAGCAGUUCGCCGUCGCCAUCAACUUCAUCGUCUGGGCCGCCGGUAACGCCAUCGGCCCCCAGGUCUUCCUUAAGUGGGACGGUCCCCGCUACUUUAUUGCCUUCGCCACCCACUUGGGCUGCUACGCGCUUCUCAUCAUCGUCAUCAUCUGCCUCCGCAUCUACCUCUCUCGCGAGAACAGGAAGAGGGAUGAGAUGGUUGCUGCUGGUAUUCCCGAGGCUUCGCCCGACUACACUGCCCACGCCUUCGAGGACAAGACUGACAAGGAGAAUCUGUCUUUCCGCUAUGUCUUCUAA